AGAUUAUUGAAACAACUAUUUGAAUUUGAGCUAAAUGCUUGAUAGGUGAGCUAGCUUAAUAGGCGAAAAAAGCUAAAAAUUCGUUGCUGUUAUAUUUUUGUCCAGCACUGUAUAUUCUGUCGUCUAUAAUAGCUUCUUUCAUCAAGUGAAAAAUCACUUAAAUCUGCAUUUAUGGUCUAUAGUGAGACUGAAUCAUCAAACUUAUAUUAUGAACUCAAUCUCCUUCUUCUCCCCCUCCACCUCCGUGUGUGAUGUCUACUAAAAUAAUAGAUUAACUUGUAUAGAACUAUCUUCGAAAGAUUUCUUGUCAUUGAUUGAGUGCGUAUCUUUUUAUCAAUCUUUAGAAGGAAAAGACGAUCUUCGUUUCGAUUAUUAUGAUCUUGAAGAACCUGCACUACCACCACCAGCAUUUAAUAAUUUGUAUAGUGAUGAAAAUGAAACAGCUAAUACACGAGAACAAUUUCGUAAUGAAUUGGUU